GCGCUUUUCAGUCAAAUGUUAGCGUGGAACGGUGUAAAAAAAAAGUACCGCGUUAAAAGUGCGUGCAGGCGGCUGUGAGAGGUGUAAGGAGCCCUGCGGUGUGGUCCCCCGUUUGUGCUCGGCUGUGUGUGUAUGUGGGGGAGGACAGCAGCAGCAGCAGUAGUUAGCAGCAGUAGGCAGAUAAAAACAUUCGGCAUUGGUUUUUUUUUUUUUUUUGCAGGGCAGGAGUAACAUGGCGGCACAGUUAGCCAGCAGUGUAAAUGUUUCGCUACCGCGAAGGUCACAACUGCGUCUCAUAAACGGAGUUUGACAGCGAGGACACCGUCGAAAGUACUCAACCGGAGAAGUGGAUGAUGGUUUAUGGUUUUCCAACAUUACCAUCUUGCAGUGAUGGCCUGAGGCACUAUCUUCACUGAAACUAAGGUGCUGAUAUGCAUUGAGGAUGAGUGGAGUUGGUGAGAACUCCUCUGACCCUGCCAGGGCAGACACACGAAAACGCAAAGAAUGUUCUGCUGAACUUUUAGGACCCAGUCCCAAACGGAGCAAUGAGAAGCGCAAUCGUGAGCAUGAGAACAAAUACAUCGAGGAGCUCGCCGAACUGAUCUUCGCAAACUUCAAUGACAUUGAUAACUUCAAUGUCAAACCUGAUAAAUGUGCAAUCCUAAAGGAAACUGUGAAGCAGAUUAGACAAAUAAAGGAGCAAGAGAAAGCUGCAGCAGCAAAUGAGGAGGAGGUACAGAAGGCUGAUGUCUCGUCAACAGGUCAAAGUGUGAUUGACAAAGAUGCCUUGGGACCAAUGAUGUUGGAGGCCCUGGAUGGCUUCUUCUUUGUGGUGAACAUGGAGGGUAAUAUCGUGUUUGUCUCUGAGAAUGUGACCCAGUACUUGCGCUACAACCAAGAGGAGCUGAUGAACACCAGCGUUUACAGCGUGCUGCAUGUCGGGGAUCACGCAGAGUUCAUCAAGAACCUGCUGCCCAAAUCUCUCGUGAAUGGCGUCCCGUGGUCCAGCGAGGGUCCAAGGAGGAACAGCCACACAUUCAACUGCCGAAUGCUGGUCAAUCCCCACAGUGAGAGCCAGGAGGAGCCGUACGAGCCUCAGCAACAGAAAUAUGAGACCAUGCAGUGUUUUGCUGUUUCAGAGCCCAAGUCCAUCAAGGAGGAAGGAGACGAUUUUCAGUCAUGCCUGAUCUGCGUGGCUCGCAGGGUGCCCAUGAAAGAACGGCCCAUCCUCCCAACGCAUGAGAGCUUCACCACACGCCAGGAUCUGCAAGGUAAAAUAACGUCCUUGGAUACCAGUCUGCUUCGAGCGUCCAUGAAGCCAGGCUGGGAGGAUCUCGUGAGGCGCUGCAUCCAGAGGUUCCACUUGCAGAAUGAUGGAGAGAUGUCUUUUGCCAAGAGACACCAGCAGGAAGUGUUGCGCCAUGGCCAGGCAUUCAGCCCCAUUUAUCGUUUUUCCCUCUACGAUGGAACCAUUGUGUCAGCCCAUACCAAGAGUAAAUUGGUGCGGUUUCCGACAACCAAUGAACCCCAGCUCUAUAUGUCUCUUCACAUAUUACAAAGGGAACCGACAGUAUGUGGAAUGGGACAGGAUAUGGGCCCUGGCAACCAAACUACAGGGAUGGCUCCAAAACCACCAAACCCUUCUACCCCCUCCAUGACUCCUCCAACCCCUGGAAGUUUGCCAGGUUCAGGGCCUCAAGGCCAGGACAUCAGCAGCAACAGCACACCUUUCUCCCCUCUUGGCUCUGCUGGCCCCAGAGAAUCAACAGCCACAGGCAGUCACAUGCAGGGCUACCGUUUUGGCUGCCCCCCACCGCAUAAUCAUUCUGGUGGCAUACAACAGCCACAACAGGGCCCCAACUGGCGGAAGAACAGCCCCUCUCGGGCCAGUCCUAGCCCAGCUGGUGGACCCCAUCCACCUCAGCAGAACUCUAUGCUGUCGCCCAGGCACCGCGGUAGCCCUGGGGGAGCAGGUAGCCCUCGUGUAGCAGGAGGGCUGCACUCACCCUCUCCAGUUGGGAUGUGUGGGGGAGGUCCUGGAAAUGCAGGUAGUAGCACGACUAGCACCCAUCCUGGCAGCUACACUAGCAGCUCUUUGUCAGCACUACAGGCCCUUAGUGAGUGUCACAGUAUUGGACAUGGACAUGGACCUUCUCAUGCAAACACAUUGGCAUCUUCAGACCAAAAGAUAGGCUCCCCAGCUGGGAUCACACCAGGGUCUGUGGUUAAUACUCAUCUAAUGCCAAAACUUGGAGGUAGCAGCAUUGGCACUGGCAAUACAGAUGAACCAUUUGGCCCUCAUGCAGAGCUGGUUCAAGGACACACCCAGGCCCAGACUGAGAGCGGCCUAGCUGAGCCCAAAGAGGACAGUGAAAGCCCCCCUGAGCUCCAUGACCCUCACAGUCGUCUUCAUGACAACAAGGGCCACACCAAACUGCUGCAACUGCUCACGACCAAGUCGGAGCCUUUGGAGACUCCUCUGUCCCCUAACGCAGGUGGAGAUGGCAAGGACCAAGUCGGGGCGGUUGCUCGAGGUGGUCAUGUGGGAGGAAACGCUCAUGCUUCUUCCCUGAAAGAAAAACACAAGAUCCUUCACCAGUUACUUCAGAACAGUGCAUCUCCUGUAGAUCUGGCCAAAAUAACUGCAGAAGCCACAGGCAAAGAGCUGGGCACAGACCAAACCCAGGGUGCUGGUGGUGCAUCCACUGGGGCAGAAAUUACUCCCAAGCAGGAGCCUUUGAGCCCUAAGAAGAAGGACAAUGCCUUGCUACGCUAUCUACUCGAUAAGGAUGAUACUGUAUUGACAGACAAGGUCCCUAAGCUGGAGCCUGGGGAAGUGAAGGUUGAUGGAGGGAAACAUCCCCUUGUCAAGACAGAGAAACAAGACUCAGGAUACGAUCGUGCUGAACAGUCAUCAGAACUGGAUGACAUUUUGAAUGACCUGCAGAAUGCUCAGCCGCAGCUCUUCUGUGAACCCCGGCCAGUUUCAUUGCCCAGUCCUAUGGACAAACAGAAUAUCAUCAAUGACAUCCUACAGAUGUCUGAAAACAGUCCUGCUUUGGCAGCACAACAGCACAGAGGCAUUGGGACCGGCGUGAAUCCUUCCAACUUUGGGGGAGUGCGACCCAACCAGCCAGGCAGAGUCAUACCAAUGCGGAGCGUGUCGUUAGACAUGAAUGUGUCCACACAGCAGCCUUCAUUACAGUAUCCCAUAAGAGCGACAAGCCCCUAUGCUCUUAUGCAGCAGCAGCAGCAAGGCAUUGUGGGAAGUCAUGGGAUGAUGGCUAACCAAGCCAUUAUAGUUGGCACAGGGAUUAUGGGUCCGGGUGGCCCACGGCUCAGCAUGCAACAGCAGGAGGGAUGGGUCGGUUCAGCCUCUGCCCCUCUACCGGGGGCACCUGGUCCUGGACAACAGGGUGCCAUGCAGGGCAGGAUGGUUCCUAACAAUCUUCCCGUGAGACCCAACAGCCAGCCAGGUCCCAGACAGAUGCUGCAGUCCCCAGUCAUGGCUAAUGCUCAACCUGAUAUCGAUAUUGGUAUGGUUGGCCAUCAUUACACACAGCAGCAGGCACCGCCCAAUCAGACUGCACCCUGGCCAAACAGCAUGAUGACUAUUGACCAGGCAGCUUUUGUAAACCAGAACAGGCCUGUGCACUCAGCAGCCCAGGAUGAGUUGUUGUGUGGUUCAGGGCUUGGCUCUGGUGAUAGCAGUGCAGUAGAUGAGGGAGCCUUGCUGUCCCAACUCUACACUGCACUAAAAGAUUUUGAUGGCCUGGAGGAGAUUGAUCGUGCUCUGGGAAUCCCUGCUUUGGUAGAACAGAGCCAGUCACUGGAUGCAGACCAGUUUUCUCAGGAUCCCUCCCUGUUGUUAGAUCAGAAGCCCCCCAUCUACUCCCAUCAGUUUGGCCCACCGCCAUCCCAUAUGGCUCAGAGGGGAUAUUCUAGUGUCCCAAUGCAAGAGCCAGGUUUCCACCCAAUGCCUGGCCAGAUGGGUCCUCGACCAGGUUAUCCCAUGAUGAGGAUGCAGGCCCGGCCUGGACUCAGACCAACAGGGGUUGUCCCUAACCAGCCCAACACACUACGGCUCCAGCUACAGCAAAGACUCCAGUCACAGCAGAACCGUCAGCCAAUGAUGACUCAGAUGAGUGGUGUUUCGAAUGUGAACCUACCUCUUAGAGCCAAUGCUCCAAACCAGGGGACCAUCAAUGCUCAGAUGUUGGCACAGCGUCAGCGGGAGCUGCUGAGUAAUCACCUGAGGCAGAGGCAGCAGCAGCAGCAGGUCCAACAGGCCCAGCAGGUCCAGCAGCAAAGAAGCAUGGCCAUGCGGGCGCAGGGUCUUAACCUCCCCCCCAACAUGACCGCCGGAGGCAUGAGUAAUCCUCGGAUCCCUCAGGCCAGCCCACAGCAGUUCCCCUAUCCACCCAGCUACGGUACCAGUACAGGCCUGGCCUCGCCUCCUCCCCCUACCAGCCCUUUCCCCUCUCCUCUCUCCCCAAGCCUGCCCUCUCUCCCCCAAAACCCUCAGCUCCACUUGCAUGGCACAUCCUCCUCUUCUUCCAUUUCCUCCCCCUCCUCACAGAUGAUGAUGGGAAACACAAACAUGAUGGGCGGACAGUACGGGGCCGUACUCAGCCCCCAAAUGCAGCACAGUGCCUUUCAGUUUCCCAACUCAGGUAUGAAUCAACAGGCAGACGGAGGCUUUGGAGGUCCUGGCACGCCUCAGAGUCCCAUGCUGUCUCCCCACAUGGCUCACACCCAGUCUCCAAUGAUGCAGCAGGGACAAGGAAACACCACUUUCCAGGGCUCACCUGAUAUCAAUGGCUGGCCACAAGGCAGCAUUGGAGGGAACAGCAUGUUCUCUCAGCAGCAGGCCUCACCUCAGUUCAGCCAGCAAAGUAACAGCAACAUGUACAGCGGCAAUGGCAUGAACGCCAACAAUGUCUCCAUGGCAACCAGCAGCAUGGGCCAGAUGGGGGGACAGAUGAGUGUUGCCUCCAUGGCCUCGGGGCCAUCCCCCAGCCUGCCAUCUAUGGGACAAGAACAGAAAUAUUGUUGACCGUCACAGCGUCUGUAAGUGAAACCUCAGCAAUCAGCUGGUGCAAGGAGCACGUCGGCCCUUUAAAAAUUGUACAAACAUGUAAGAAAGCAACGGCCCUUUGAACCAGCCAGUCCGUGUCCUGACCUAUCGCCCCGACCUUCACUGGGCCUCCUCGGUAACCCCGGAGGAGUCCGGCCCUAAGGAUGGUGGACCUGUGUCUAACACGCCUACUCCUCCUGGAGGAGCUGCUUUAGAUGAGCCGGUCUGUCUGCCUGUCCAGCUGCAUUCACCGUGGUGUGACUUACUGUAGGCCUCCUGGUGGGAGACACGGACUUCAGGAGGCAGCAGCUGGUGGGAUCCCUCGUUCUGAUGAAUGUAUUUCUCUCAGCGGACAGCGGCCAUUUACAAUCUCAUCUCAAAAAUUGUAUAGCCACCCCUGCCCCACCCCCUACACCACCCCCCCCCCCCCCCCCCCCCACACACACACACACACACACACACACAGGGUCACGUGUGUUUUUUCCAAACGGCAGCAAGGACUCCAUGUUAUGUUGUGAUUCAUAAACACUUUCCUGGUUUGGCCUUUUUUGCUGUUCUUUGUGUUUUAUUAUGAGAGUUAAGAUGUAGAAGGAAGAUAUGUUUUAAAAAAGCUGAUCUUGAAAAAAGACACUGAAGACUAAUAGUUUGAGUGGAAUUCUAAUUUGUAUGAUUAGACUAAUUUAGUCAAGAGAUUUAUAUAGUGUAUUAAAUUAAGUUUUAUUUUUCUGUAUAGAUUAAUUUUAAUUAUUGUACAUGAUUCUCUAUCCUAGUAGCAACAAGAAAAGAUAUUUCUAAAAGUUGUGAAAAGUGUGAAAGCGGCACUUUUUGUUAUAUAAUUUUAACAGUAAUGGUUAUGUUCUUUCUGAAGAAGUUCUUAUAUUAACCUGAAUUACGGAUUAUACUUGGUCCUGUAGUUUUUAGAAGAUGUCAAAAUCAAAUGUGGUUUAAAGUGAGUUGCAGAGAUUGUAUAUACCAAGAAAAACAGUUUCUUUCCUAUUUAUUUUGUUUAUUAGGGUUGUUGUUGUUGUUCUCCCUAUAUAGCCCUAAAGCAAAGCAGAGCCUUUUGUUUAGUUUUUUUUGUUUGUUUGUUUUUGUUGUUUUGUUUUCUUGGGGCGCACGGGGGAGGCUGGAUGAACAGAUGCUACGGUACGAUGCCGGCAGGUGGAGGGACAGUGAUAAAGGAAUGUGCUGUGUAUACAGUGUACAGAUUUUUGCUUGCUUCUCUGCCUUUAGCAUAAAAAGAAGAAAAAACAAACAGCCAUAUAAUUACUCAAAAAAAAAAAAACAGAAGUGUGCUUUAUAUGUUUGUCUGGAGUGAAAACGCUUCAUACAAGCUGCUAGUUGCAAACUGUUCUGGUGUGAUGUAAACAAGCAAUAACAAUUACUUGAGAAUCUUUUCUGGGGGUUUUUUGUUUAAAAAAUUUUUUUUUUUUUUUUUUGUACAGUUUGAGUCCAUGUUUGGAUGCAGUAUUAAACUUUUUUUUUAAUUGCAGUUUGUACCGACUGCAAAUCAACAUCCACACACGUGUCGCUGUCAGAUUAUGCAGCAUCGGCUGAGGCCUGGAGAGGGAAAACCGGUGGCGGUUGUGGGCUGUGAUUCCCGCCUUUGACACGUGCCCUCUCUGCCUCCAGCCGUCCUUCUAUAGCAGAGGUCAGAGUUCAACCUGCACGCUUCAGAAGCCCAACUCUGACACACCACUUAGCCUAUUUUAUGACCUCAGGCAGUUAGUUCAACUGUAAAGUCUUCACUAAUGACGUGCUAUUCUUAUGACCUUUUACAAGAUCAAAAGCAAGUCAUCUUUUCUAACCUCAAAAGUACAUUUUCCUCAAGAGCAAAACUUUUUUAUAUGAGCUGUUUUAACCCAGGACAGACUUGGAGCCAAGCCAAAUAAUUCUCACCUUUCAAUUGGAUUUCUGAAUUCCACCAUUUAUUCUUUUGACAAGAUGCAAGAUGACUUGUUUCGCUCACAUUGUGGCCCGCGGAGGAUAAAUUUCUAAUGAUGUCACUUAACAGGGUCUAAUGGAGAUGUUGCAGCAUAAAGCAUGAGGAGAAUCACUGAAUGUAUUUGCAUUAAAAGCCUGAUGAUGUUGACUGUAAACAUGUCAACCACACCGUGCUCUUCUCAGCAUUUAGGUCAGAAUCUCUCCAUUCUCCUCCUUUCCUUUUUUAAUUCAUCCUAAUAAAUUUUAAACUGUAGCGAGUUGACUUCCAGGUGCAUGGAGUCAUGUCAUUGCAAAUGUGUGCAGUUAUUUUGCAGAUCAGUUUUUUGAUAAACGCUGUCUUGAUUGUAACACAGUCAUGCAGAAUUUGCCUUUUUGAGCCAUUGUAAAGCGAUUCACAGCCCUUUGCAAAUUUCCAAAGAUUGUCAGGAUUUUGAACAAACUUAAAGCCAUGUGGUAGCAGAGCAUUUUUUAAAGCAUUUAUAAUGAGGAUGGGUGCAAACAUGAUUUGCCCUUUAAAAAUAACCAGGCUUUUGAUCCACAAAACAUUUUUUUCUCUUAUGUUUUUGAAAAAAAGAAAAAGCUGUAAAUGCCCUUUUGUAUUGUCUACCAUUUUCUUAGAGCUAAAUGCAACCUUAAAAAAUGCUAAGAACCCUCGCAUAAUGCCUUAGAUUUUGUCUGUUGUACAUUACACCACUGUCAGUGUAAAUUUGUAUAAUGUACAAUAUUGAAUGGGUGCAUCGUUGUUCAACUUCACCUUAGUUGCUGGAGACUCGUUGGGGCCGUGCUCAUCACUGCUCUUCUCUUGUGUCUGGGUGAGAGGUGUGUCACUUUCCCUUCACUGUUCUGUUCAGCUAUGUACGAAAGUGAUGAUGCAUAGAGAUGCUGAAGCAAUAUGUAAUGUACGAUAUGAACUUUCUGAAGAAAGCUGGGUUUGUUUCGGCAUUCACAGAAAUCACACUGAACACCCACAUCGACCAUUGCACCCCUAGUCUGUGGUGUGUGUGUGUGUGUGUGUGUGUUGUGUGUGUGUGUGGUGUGUGUGUGUGGUGUGUGUGUGUGUGUGUGUGUGUGUGUGUGUGGUGUGGUGUGGUGUGUGUGUGCGUGCGCACGUGUGUGUGUGAGCAUUUUAUGCAAAAGUAGAUAUAUGAGAAGUUAAAACCACAGUUAUGCAAGUUGUGAACUAAUAUGGCUUUGCUAAUGCUAUUUGCCUUGUAAAUAAAGAAUUCUGUUAUUGCAGUGUUUUAUUGAA